AUGCGCGACCCAGUAGGCGUUCCCGGGUCCAUUAUCGUUUCUCGGGCACAAAAUGAUGUUAUCAGCAAAUUGAGCAUGCCGCUCAGCUCAACUCCGAGUACGGAUAGAAUCCCCUUGUUGGUUAUUGGUGGCAGCAGUCUGUCUGUCACACCAUUCAGGGACCAAAUCUGCCUCACGCUGAGGCCCCAGUUUUCAGAUAUCAUCAAGCUGGAGAAUUUCGACAAUUUGCCAGGACUGCCUGAGAGCUACCACGUUCUGUGCCUCGCUGAGUGCGAUGCGAACUUGUUUGAGGAUAUAAAGGAAUCUAUUUUCUCGGACCUAAAGACAGUUAUAGGUUCUGCAGUCAGUGUACUUUGGUUGCUCAAGGGCCGUCGAUCGAACAACCCCCAUGCUGGAACUACCCUCGGUCUCUUCCGGACACUGUUUUACGAAGCUCCUAGAACCCUGUUCCAGACUCUGGAUAUCGCUUCCAUUGAUAUGAAUGAUUAUUCAGUCAUCGCGAAGUCAAUGUGCCAACUCAGGCUCCAAUCGGAAAUUUCCAGACGUGGCGAGUCGGAUAAGAUACCUUGGGAGUUCGAGCCAGAACUGGUCCUUAAGGAUACCCGGCUUCAUGUCCCAAGAGUCCGUCCGCAUGAUGACCAAAACAAUAGAUACAAUUCAUCUAAAAGAUCUAUGAUUGACGAGGUGGACACCCAGACGACACCUCUGGCGCUGGAUUUCGUCGACAACUCGUACAUGCUACGGGAACAUCACACCUUUGAGAAAUCCUCACAUGGCCUUGUUACCAUCAAGGCGUCUUGCUCUUUCUUGUCCUCCAUCAAGACUCCAGUAGGAUAUGUAUUUGUCAGUCUUGGAGAAGAUGUCAAGACAGCAGAGAAGGCGCUCUGCUUCUCUAACCGCAACGAGUCUAUCGUGAAAGUUCCCAAGUCUUGUACCGUAUCCAUUGAUGAGGUCGAGGUUGACGGACAAUUCAUGUCCUUUGUUAUUGCUGACCUCACGGUCCAAUGGGUAUUGGAAAUGCUGCCACCCACAGGAACUGUGUUGGCAUACGAGCCAGAUCCAGUUGCAGCAUCUCUGUUAUCUCAACAGUUGAGCAAACUUGGCAAAAAGGCACUUUUCCUGACAUCUAGUCCCGAAAUGUCUGGCCGAAACUGGGUGUAUAUUCACCCUAAUAGUACCAAGAGAGCCAUCACUGCUCUCUUACCAUCCGACGUUACCUUGUACGUCGACGCCUCCGGAGCCGAGCCUGAAUCUCAAAGACUUGGAUUCAAGAUUGCUACCUCCCUGUCAUCGGUUUGUAAUAAAGUCAAGAUGCCCAGCCUGACUGCAUCGGAAGCGUCCGUUCUUCCGCACGAUACCCCCGAAACCAUCACGAAUCUGCUCCGUCGUGUUACUUCCCUCGCCUCCUCACUGUUAUCCGCACAAGCAACUCCAGAGGGCGCACCGCUUGACAUCCUACCAUUGAAACGAGUGGUUGCAAACUUUGUUUCUCCGAAUCCCAACUCACUGGUUUACCGGCAAGAGGAUCAAUACGUACCGGUCUCUGUCGAACCUAUUUUCCAACGUGAUGACUUGUUCCGUCCCGAUCGCACCUACUGGCUAGCUGGCCUCGCUGGAGACACUGGACGAUCCCUGACCGACUUCAUGAUCGCCCACAAUGCUCGCAACAUUGUGCUCAGCAGCCGCACGCCCAAUCCCGACACAGACUGGGUUCAAUGGCACAAGUCGAGAGGUGCGACAGUAAAUUAUUUUGCAGGGUAG